GCAGAACCAAGGUACUUCAGACAGGAUGAUCCUAUCUAUGUGCUUUUCAAUGCCUGGUGCCGCGAAGACAGCGUCCAUAUGGCUGGAGAUAUUGAGAAGGGCGAGUACGUGCUCAACGAUAAUGGUUACGUCUUCAUUGGAUCUGCUAGGCCUGGAUCUCAACACCCUCGGCCGUGGGUCUUUGGUCAGUUUGAAGAUUCUGCCACCGAGGUGGUGUUUGACCUCCUGGAAAAAUGGGUUCGUGUGAACGCAAGAAGUGACCCAGUAGUGGUUUCAAGAAAGUUCACUCAUCUCAUCAACUACAUGCCUGAGUAUGGUGUACCAGAGACCAAGGUGGGAUUACUGGUUGGGAACUGGAGCGGAGACUAUGAAGGAGGUGAAAGCCCAUCCAAGUGGACAGGCAGUACAAAGAUCUACGAGACGUUUGCUGAGUCCGGUGGCAAACCUGUCAAGUACGGUCAAUGCUGGGUAUUCAGUGGUGUCCUGUGCACUGCCAUGCGCUGUCUUGGCAUUCCCUGUCGAAGCGUUACUAACUUUGCCUCUGCUCAUGACACAGAUGUCAGCAUGACCAUUGAUACUGUCAUUUCAGAGACAAAUGAAGAGAUCGAGUAUUUGAGCAACGAUUCUGUGUGGAACUUUCAUGUUUGGAAUGAGGUUUAUUAUAGCCGUUCUGACACCAUCCCUGGGAUGGGUGGCUGGCAGGUCGUUGAUGCUACUCCACAGGAAAGUAGCGAAGGUGUUUUCCAGUGCGGCCCUGCUCCUGUCACAGCUAUCAAGCAAGGCCUGACCUACAUCAACUACGACACCAAGUUCGCCUUCGCGGAGGUCAAUGCUGAUCGUAUCAACUGGGUUGCAACUAAGAAAGAUCGUGGCCCACCGGACAUGAAAACAGUGAGCAUCAACACUAAUGCCGUCGGUAAAUACAUCAGUACGAAGAAACUUCCGCUCGUUCCAGGAGGAUACAUCAGCCGAUGGAAUGCCAGGAAUGACAUCACUCUGGAGUACAAAUAUGCAGAAGGAUCUGUUGAGGAGCGCAACGCGGUUGAACGUGCCAUUUCUUAUGGCACCAGACCCAACACCUAUCGGGAGGAUGUGAAGACAGACGACAUUGAGAUGGCGAUUGUCUUGGAUGAGAAGAUCUCUGUCGGCAGUGAUUUUGAGCUCAAGGUAGCAGUCAAUAACAAGAGCUCUGUGUCUCGUGUCAUCUCCCUGACUAUGAAUGCUCAUAUGUGCUACUACACAGGUGUGUUGGCUAAGAAGAUCACAAGCCUACGUAAGGAAUUAACAGUCCCUGCUGGCAAGUCUGAACAUGUUAUUGAGAUGAUUAGGGCUGAGAUCUACUCAAGCUGUCUGGUCGAUCAGGCCUGCAUCAAGUUCUACGUCUACGGCAAAGUCAAGGAAACCUCCCAACAAACCGUGAGUCAGGACACUGUGUACCUCACCCCACCGGAGAUGAAGACUGAGUUCAAGGUCGUAGGUCACGAGGUCGAAGCUGUGGUUGAGUUUGUGAAUCCCUUGCCUAUCACGCUCACUAACUGUACAAUCACCUUCGAGGGUGCUCGUCUCCUUCGCUCUAUGACACUCUACGCCAAUGAUGUUCCUUCAAAGGGCAACUUCAAACAGAAGGUCAAGUUCUCACCCCGAGAGAAGGGAAAGAGAACUCUCGUCAUAGACUUUGACUCCAAACAAAUUGGCAACAUCACUGAUGUCGUCGAAAUAGAGAUCCCAUAAGAUACUAGACCUGGGACCUUCCCUUGCCGGGUAGAAACAGAUACUCCAUAAUGGAAUGAAUAGCAACUACCUGGGUGCACCGGAACAAAAGUUUGAACAGAUCUUUGACAGGUUUGAUAUUUCCCAGGAAUGAUGCAAACCUUCCAUGUAUUUUAUUCAUUGUGUAUAGAAAUACAGAUCCAUGGUCUACAUUAUUUCUUUGGGAAAAACAUAAUGUCUUCAGAACUUUACUUAUUUUUGUUCCUAUUCCCCAUGCAAUUCCCUUCAUUCUGUUUUGACAGUAUUUGUAAAAGUAUGGUUAAGACAUGUAGUAGAUUUUGAGUGACUUUGUUGACAUUUAAUAUUUUAUUCGCUUCUUUCAAGACGAUGUAGUUCGAGUAAGUAGGCUUACACAUUGUGUUCUUCUUAGCUGUUAUACAUACAGGUACUUUACUGAUAGAGUAAGAAAAGGAUUAUUCAAGUGUAGAGAAAAUAGAAUGUAGUAAUUUAGGGCUAUAAGCCUUUGUCAAGUAAUAUGAAUUAGUGAUAGUUAUGUGGUUAAAGCUGGUAUUGUUUGAUAUACCAU